GCAGGUGGUGAAAGGACCCACUCGGUGGCAAGCUGGUGAUGCGUCACAGCUCCUUAAGAAAAAAAUGAGAUAGAAGUAGAAGAAAAACAGGACUGAAAUAGCACAGAACCUGCGGCUUAAUGUACACCAAUGGCCACCAAGUCAUUUGUGGUCUCAGAGCGGAAAGACGAAAAUUGCCACAGGUGAUGGAAGACAUGAACUGCUUUGAGCGUCACAGGGUAUGCUGGUAGUAAGCAGCCAAAUUAAUCUCUAGAUCGAAAACUUUGCCAUGUGAAGAUAGCAGCACAAAAUCCUCUGCAAAGUUGCAGAUAUUGAAUCUGUUCAGCCACGUCACUUCUCGGAAGAUCAUGAAAGUGCAUCGCAUGAGGACAAGUGGAGGAAGCUGAAGAAAGCCAUCUUCACCGAUGAGGCAGCCAAGCUCCCCUGCGCCUCUCCUUUUACGCACAGGCGAGGCGAGGACGGAGACCACUACAUCAAGACGCUGAAAGAUUGGAAGCACAACUAAUUUUUUUAAAUUAAAACUCUUCUCUGUUAAAGAAGAAAAAGAAGAGGAAAAAAGCACAUCAUGGAUGGAGAAGGAGGAUCGUUCGGGCUGGCCAAAACAGCCGCUGUAAAACUAUCAGAGAUGGGCGAGAGAACCAAGCAGCUGGGCUCCGCGAUGAAAGACCCUCACCAGCAGAAGCGGAUCAUAUUAGUGAUUGUUUGCGUGGCUCUGCUGCUGGACAAUAUGCUCUACAUGGUCAUCGUGCCAAUUAUCCCUGACUAUCUUGCUGAUCUGGAGAGCGAGCAGUCAGAGCACGUCCACCUGGUGCUGCACCCCAACACUUCUUCUGCCAACAGCACAAAUCAAGACAAAAGCAACAAGGACAACUUGGACAUCCAGAUCGGAGUCCUGUUCGCAUCUAAAGCCAUCCUGCAGCUCCUGGUCAACCCACUCUCAGGAACUUUCAUAGAUCGAGUCGGAUACGACAUUCCUCUCCUCAUCGGGCUGACCGUGAUGUUCGUGUCCACCUGCAUUUUCGCCUUCGCGGAGAAUUACGCCACGCUGUUCGCGGCCAGAAGCCUGCAGGGUCUGGGCUCUGCCUUCGCGGACACCUCCGGCUUCGCCAUGAUCGCCGACAAGUACACGGAGGAGACGGAGCGGAGCCGGGCGCUCGGCAUCUCUCUGGCGUUCAUCUCUUUCGGGAGCCUGGUGGCGCCUCCCUUCGGGGGCAUCCUGUACGAGUUCGCCGGGAAGAGGGUCCCCUUCAUCGUGCUCGCCUCCGUCUGCCUGGCGGACGGCGUUCUCCUGCUUACGGUCAUCAAGCCCUUCUCCAAUAGGACUCGGGAGAACAUGCCGGUGGGAACCCCCAUUUACAGACUCAUGAUCGACCCCUACAUCGCCGUGGUGGCCGGGGCGCUCACUGUUGCCAACAUCCCGCUGGCCUUCCUGGAGCCCACCAUCGCCAACUGGAUGGAGAGCACCAUGCACUCCACCCAGUGGGAGAUGGGACUCACCUGGCUGCCGGCCUUCUUCCCUCACAUCCUCGGUGUGUAUAUAACUGUUAAACUGGCUGCAAAGAACCCCCACCUGCAGUGGUUCUACGGGGCUUUAGGUAUGGUGAUCAUAGGGGCCAGCUCGUGCACGGUCCCUGCGUGCAAAACUUUCGGACAGCUCAUCGCACCGCUGUGCGGCAUCUGUUUCGGCAUUGCGCUGGUGGACACGGCGCUCCUGCCGACACUCGCGUUCCUGGUCGACGUGCGUCACGUAUCCGUGUACGGCGGCGUUUAUGCCAUCGCCGAUAUCUCGUAUUCGAUCGCGUACGCAAUGGGUCCGAUAGUGGCCGGGCAGAUCGUGCACAACCUGGGCUUCGUCCAGCUGAAUCUAGGCAUGGGUCUGGUCAACGUGCUUUACGCGCCGGCGCUGCUGCUGCUGCGCAACGUGUGCCAAAUGAAGCCGUCCUACUCGGAAAGGGAUAACCUGUUAGACGAGGCUCCGCAGGGGCUGUACGACACCAUCAAGAUGGAGGAGGUGAGGGGUAAAAAGAAGGGCUACAGCACGGCGGGGAAUUGCUUGUCGGUGGACGAAAAUGGGUUCGAUCCCUUCAGAGCGCAACAGUCCUCCGCUCCGGAAUAUACCUAAACAAUCCCAGCAGUGUGGAGUUUUCCACCCAGAAUGAGGCAGAAAGGUCCUAAACUAGUGAUUUAAACUUUUAUGUAUGUACUAUUUGAAACACUCAAUCAAGAAAAUCAUGAUUGUGUGAGACAAUUGCCAAAGUAUUUCUUUCUUUCUUUCUUUCUUUCUUUCUUUCUUUCUUUCUUUCUUUCUUUCUUUCUUUCUUUCUUUCUUUCUUUCUUUCUUUCUUUCUUUCUUUCUUCCUUCCUGCCUUUCUUUCUUUCUUCCUUCCUUCCUUGUGAUAUCAUUGUGUCAAAAAAGUCUACGUGACGUUCGUCAACAGGAGAUUUGUUUUUGUUUUUUAUUUUAUUGUGAGAGAUUUAUCAGCACUUGUUGAAUUUGUGUAUAUUACUGAUUAUUAUAAUAAAGGUGAAAAGCUCAAUUCAUAUGUGGGACCAACCAAACUUUAAGCAGCACAUUCUCUCCCUCCUUCAGCACAAAAAAUAGAGAAUUAUUUUCUAGUUAGUUUUGCACAUUCAAAGGCCUCCGUAGAUCGAAGAUUAUGUGAGUUAUUUACCAAAAGCGACUUAUUUUAUUUUAGCCAUUUAUUUAAUUUGAUGUUACAAGGUAAAUGUGUCAUGAUACAUGGGUUCUGUACAUAUGGGGAUAUAUGCACAAUGUAAACUUGUUUACGCGUAUGUGUGCGUGCGUGUGCGCAUUUUGUGAAGACGGAAAAGCAACAAUGUCGUGAAAAUGAACAAACGUGUUUAUUUGAAUGAGCUGUGGUUUAAUAAAAUCUCUGGAUCUGUG